UCAAUACUCUCAGGGAAAGCAUGAGCAACAAUAACGUAGAUGUUUCCCGUGUUCAAUUCUUUGACAAGGUUACAGGACAGUCAAAUCAUAUCACUCAUAUGACGAAUUCAGGCCAGGUGCGUGAUAAUCAUAAGGGCCUUGAUGAUGAAUAUGAUGAAACAGUGGGAUUGUUGAUGGCUCAACCAGUACCAGUCAGGUAUAACUCCAUACCUUCGCUUAUUCGGGAAAGUGAGGAUAUCAUUGUUGACGAACAGCCCACCGCGUUUUACAGUAGAUGGAGAUUAAUGUUUUACAUCUUGACCGGUAUCAUUAUGGCCUUUUUGAUUCUAUUGAUAGGCACUCUACUAGACCUCAAAUAUGUUCUAAAAUCCCUAAAUAUUCAAAUAGGUGGAAUAGAAGUCUUGGAAACCAAUUUAAGUGGCAUUUUAGUCAACGUACAAAGCAUUGACGUUGAUUUUCAAAGCGCUGGAAUAUUAAACUGGAUUGAAAAAUUGAACCUAACAGAAAUAGAAUUCGUCAACGACACAAUGGUAUAUGAUCAACUAUAUCAACCUCUAUUCAAAAUAGAUACAUUGGACAAGAAUUUAACGUUUACUGUUUAUGAGGAAUCUACACAUCAUUGGAUUUUUGAUCUUGAUGAGCUUUUUGUAAAUAUUGAAGGUGACACCUUAUCAAAAACGGUCAAUCAGCUCUCAACAAAUAAAACAUCCGUAUUCCAUAUUUCCAGCAGAAUGAGAGUUGCAGGAAAAACAUUUUCUGUAAGCAAGACGGUGAACUUUGAAAAGAACAAGUUGGAUGGAUUUUUAGACCGUGUCCUAUCCACCCUAGUAAGCGGAGUUUCUGUACAAAAUUUUCAAAUAAAUGAUUACAAUCCUGCCAUUGGCUUCAAGGGUAAAGGUAAUGCUGUCUUGAAAAUUGAUAGUAUCAAAAACAUGCGAAUACCUAAAAUAGGAUCAAGCAUAGGAUUCAUGAUAGAAGAUAACUUGUAUAAGGUUGCCGAUGUGAACUUUACGAAUUUUGCAAAUAUUGAGAAUGAACAUUUUGUCGUUUUUGAGUUCACCUUAUUCAAUGUUGAGGAGACUAUUAUCAAAAAUGGAACAAUUGAUGACAUUCUUUGGAGGAUAUUAAAUGAUGACUCAAAAAAAGAGAAACUACAGUUCACUAUACUGGGUAAUGGUGUGGAUGAUGAUGGAUGGAUUCGUGAUAUGUGGGAGGAUCUUGUUUUUGACAUUGGAAUUCGGCUUCACGAUAUAUUUGGCUCGACUUCUUUUUCCUGCGAUCCUACACUAAAUGAUGUUUGGAAUCUUGAUGUCACAGAUUUCAACUUAGGAUUAGAUAACACAAGCGGUCGGCUUACUUUUGACGCACAUCUACUUUAUUUUCAUGACUUGUUAAUGAAAAACUUGAGAGCCAAUAUAGAUGGAAGUAUUUUGACCGAUGGAAUUAAUGUCACAUUCGAGAAUCUCACCAUAAACAAAAUGGACGAUCUCUUCAUCGGUGCAAGUAUUCAAGAUUCUGUCGUGGACAUUGUGGACGUUAACCGAAGCAAGAAAAUGGUACAAAAUUUGUUAGACAGAAAUGCAUACAGUCAGUAUGUAUCAACAGAAAUUGUUUCACGAAUCGAUUUGGCCUCUGACUUUUUCAAGGGCCCUAUAAAUAUCAAUGGCACAUUUAAUGUUUGCCUUGGUAAAUUUUUGUCCCUGUCGAUACACAACUUCUUCAAGAUUUCUGAUGGUUUCAUCGAAUUAGUUGAUAUGGAGUAUAUUGAUAGUGGGAGUGGAUAUGUGAAAAUUGGAGUUGAUUCUAAUUUGAGACUGCCACCUUUCAUGAACACGCUUGAGAAUGAGAUAAAAAAAAUAAAUACUGCUGUCAAAUACGAUGCCGAAGAGGUUUCUGAUGUGACCAUGCUUACGUUCAAAAGUGAGGAUGGUGUGAUACCUUUAAGACUUGAGGUUGCACUAAACAGUGGGGACGACGAUAAGAAACGAAAAGUUGAAGAGUUCGUCGGUGAAAUGAUUUCUGGGGUCACAACAAACGUAACCCUUCAUGGGGUUAGCUAUGAGAAUCAAAGCAGCAUCUUUGGCUGUAACGAAAAGAUUUGCGAAUUGUAUGAUGGUAUUUCCAUUCCACUGAGCUUGAGCUCAAAAGAUAUCACUGGCGGGGAAAGUGAAGAAAACUAUUUUAUUAGGGAUACCAUUAUGCAUGUUAUAAGCAAAGAGGUUGAGAUGACAUUAUUCAACCCAAUCAGUAAUCGGAAUUUGAUUCUCGAGAUAGAGGAAGGUGAAGCAAUUUGUGAAGGUUACAUAAUUGGGUAUUUGAAGGAAAAAGUUAUAUGGGAAGUUGAGUCAGGGAUUUGGACAAGCCCAAGAGCGAAGGUCGAGUACGCCAACACGGGUAGUGCUGGCUGGAAAAUUAUUGAGAAUGCCAUCAAGGGAGAUGGAAAGAUUAACAACAUGACAGUAAGGGCUGUUGUGAAAGUCUACAUCAGCGGAGACACAGAAUGGAGCGGCCUGAACAUAAUGUAUCAAAAUACUGGCCAAACCAACGGUAAGGUACGGUGGUAGGUUCACUCCUAAUUUCAAAGUUUUUGUUGAUUAUUUGAAUUAUUUUAUCGUGAAUAUUAAUUUUUCAUCAGGGAAUAGUACAUAAGUAGCCUUUUUGGUUCUAAAACAAAACCACAGUUUAGGCCAAAAGCAGUCGUAAAAAUUAUAUGGUACAUCAAACCUCGUCUUCUCCUUCUCCGUUUUCAUCGAAACCAAGAUAUUUCUUGACAAAACCACCAUACAAUUCUGUUUGCCCCAUCCAGUGUGCUGCAAAUGCUUUUCUUUCCUCUUCGCCGCUGUAGUUCUCCAGAAUUGCGCACUUUUUAUUGUUGACGUAAUUCGAUACCGGACUUAGAAAAGCCACUAUUAUCAUAUCCAUAAAAAGCGACAUCUCGGAGAUAAAUUUGUGUGUGAAGUACCAGCCACAAGUAUAGUAUGCCUGUGGGUUGGGAAGAUGAGGUAGGAAAAGGCUAGACG